AAGAAAAAUAAAGUAUUUUCAACUUGAUUUGAAAAUGAAGAGAAUUCAUUCAUUUUUCUCAAUACUUACUGUUUUUCUAUGAUGAUAUUUAAACAUUAAAGUAAAGCUAUUGUAGAGAACAAUUUUUUCAUGCAGUUUAGACUAAUUAUAAUGGGAAGCUUCCCACUUUAGUGAUUGAUCUCCAUAAUUCUCGAUGAAUAAAAAAAUAUGCGGUUCAUCAAUCAAACCUAGGCGACAAGAUAACACAUAUCUCCAUUUCCUGAUAUAAAAAUUUUCUAAUCAUAUUUAGAAUGCAGCGAAUAAAUCUACAUUUUCUAUUUUGAGUGAUGAGAAUACUUCUCUCUCGUCAUUGAAGAUGGUUCUACAGACAGGAUAUUUCAGGACAUUUCCAGGCAUCCUGAAGGUCUUCGAAGUGAUCUUCAGUACGAUAGGAUUGCUGAUGACUAUUAUUUUCAAUAAAUAUUCGAAUGUGUACUUUACCAUUUCACACAUUUAUACUGUAAUAUCGGCGAUAGCAUUAGGAGCAACACUUUUCCUGAUGCUUUUGUACUUUUUAAACAUGGCCGAAGUUCUUCAACCAAUAUUGAACUACCAGAAAUAUUUCCAUCUCAUUUUCAUGAUGUUUGUUCUUUCAUAUUCGUCCAUAUUAUUAUAUAAUGGAUCUUCCUACAUACAAUUGAUACUGGCUGGAUUUAGUGGUAUACUUCUAGCCAUCGCUUUUCUGGCAGAUGGAAUCCAUGGAUUUAAUAUCGUAUCCCCUCUGCCAUUGUCGUCUUGAGAAUUAUUUUACAACAUGGAGAAAAACGAGGAAAAAACCCUUAUUUGAGUCUUCCACAGGAGAAGACUUUCUAUCUGGCUGAAGUAUGGAGGAGAAAUCCAAAAAAGAAGAAUGUUUCACUGAUAAUUGUACCAUAUUGGUAUCGUUUCGUGAUAUUUGUUUUUAGUCAUUGAAAAAUACCACACAGAUUACUGGAUUAUAUUUUAAUACGCAU